AUGACACAGUCACGACGAAUGUUCAUGAUCUGUAAACUCAUGGAGAAAAUGAACGUAUGGAUUGUAGUGUUGCUGCUGUAUUUUAAAUCAUCUGACUUAGUUUUAGGCAGAACAAGAUCUACUCGUAAUAUUUAUAAUCAAAAAUGUGCCGCAAGAUUAGAAUCAGCAUUAGACACUACUUUACGUAGAAGUCAACAACGCUCAGGAUCUAGUUCUCUGAUCGAUUUUUCAGAAACUGGUCCCCAAAAGCAGUCUCUUUUCAAUCGAUCGCCUUACAACAACUAUGAAGAAGACAUUGAACAAAUUGUAUCAGAGUACAAACAUAAGUACAACAAUCAUAACAAGCAUCCCAACAGUGGUGGUUCGUUCUUUCCACCGUCUGGACUAUCCUCAACCUCCCAAGUUGAAGUGGCUAAUCUCAAAGUUCGAAUUCCUCAAAAUCUCCAAUGGGUGGUCGUUGAUCGAUGUCACUUCAUAGAACAAAAUCGAACCUUGGACACCAAACUGGAAUUUCCAGAUCUUCAAAUCAGUGGAAGGAUAAUAAUGCAUCCCAUCGGAGGCCGAUGUGAUAUGAUUCUACGACUGCGGAGGGCUGGUAUCGAGUUUAGAACGAUUCCACUAAUUCCAAGUGGGUUGGGAGAAAGGAGUAGACAAGCCAACGUGCGCACCGAUUCUCAUUUUUCUGAACCAGGUUUCAUUUCGGUGUUUGCCCAUAGCUGUGAAGGUCCUACUGGAAUCAAAUACCGGAUCAACUCCAAACGAAGACACUUCCUAGCUAAACACCCUCCAACAAACUAUGAUGCAUUUUACAGUAAAGACUAUACAAACGAGUUUCAGCGGAAUAUGGAGCAUAAACGAUCUCUCAAUUUGGAUGAAGAUGAUGGGCUUUCAGAUGCUGACGUGCUGAAACUAACAGACGGAGAUUCACUAUUUCUUUCACCUGCUGCCUUUCUAGAUAGUGACAACGAAGACCUAUCCUCAUUCAGUGCAGACAGUAGAACCGCCUAUACCGAUCGGAAUCCGUUUGCUUAUAACGCCUAUGCUGGGAAUGGCGCUGGUUGGCAAACGGUCGAAUCAAAUGACGCACUAGACGAGGCAUACUCCAACGAAAUUGACAAUCUCUUCUCCAAAGGAGUUCGUGGACUAUUGACGACCUACAUGCAAAAGGCUCUUCAACCGGCGAUCAAGGAAACUUUGAUGGAAAGCAUGGGUUAUACGCUGUCAUACGGGUAAGCAGACGAAAAGAAAAAAUAAAUUCUAAAAUCUAUUGUGUUCGAUGUUGAGAGGUUAUUUCUAGCUUACAGAGCCGUGAGAGACUAUUUUUAUCGUUUUGGAUGGUUUUCAUUUCACCACAACCAUCAUUAUAGGUAUUCAUCAUUAGUUUUGUUAUACGUUUCCCAUUCUCAGAAUAAGCUUAUUAAUGCAAUUAGAUUCUCGUAGCUCUGGAAGCUAGAUGUGAUGACAUCCUCGUUUUUCAUGGGACCACAUAACACAAA